CUUGUCUCUACCAAACCACUAUAUAACUGGUUGUAACUGUUCACGCAAUCUCAGUACCACGUCGUUCGACCGCCAUUAGCCUUGUGAUCGUCCCACAAUGAUUGGAACUGGCACGAUACUGAGAUGUGCGAUUGUUUUGUUGAUAGCCGACAGCACUAUGGUCAAUUUUAGGGUGCUAGCGAGAGCCAUGUCGACGGUGGCGAAGGCGUUCGAGGCCCAUCAGGUGGUGCCCGAUGUCGUCUCCAAGGCGCCAUCUGCUCUCGUAACGGUGAAAUUCGCGAGCGGUGUGGAAGUUAAUGAAGGCAACGAACUAACUCCCACCCAGGUGAAGGAUGUACCAUCUGUGUCUUGGGACGCUACGCCGAACCAACUCUACACACUUGUCAUGACAGACCCUGACGCGCCGUCUCGCAAGGAACCCAAGUUCCGUGAAUGGCACCACUGGUUGGUCGGCAAUAUCCCCGGCAACAACGUGGCCGCUGGUGAAACCCUCUCAGCCUACGUAGGGUCCGGUCCCCCGCCAGACACGGGGCUACACCGAUACGUGUACCUAGUGUACAAACAACCAUCCAAGUUGAACUUCGACGAACCACGCUUGACUAAUACAUCGGGCGAUAACCGCGGCCAGUUCUCGAUCGCGAAAUUCGCCAGUAAAUAUAAUCUCGGUGAUCCCAUUGCUGGAAACUUCUAUCAGGCGAAAUUCGACGACUACGUGCCUAUAUUGUACAAACAGUUGGGUGCUUAAUCUUCCUGAUUUCGUGUUUGAUGUACCUUAGUAUGUAUGCCAAUAUAUAGAACGCUUAAUAAUAAAUUUCAUUAACAAAGGUCUAUGUGUGAUAUGUACUUUAAAAUUUUUGCAUUAGUGUCUAUUUUCCAAAUUUACUAAUAAAAUCAAUAAUGUUUUUUUAAGCGUGCAAUAUAUAAGCAUACAGCAGGUAUCGAAUGCAUUUAAUAGAUCUUCCAAGAGCAGUUAUCGAAAGCAUUUAUAUAUAAGAAAAGUAGUAAUCGAAAGCAUUUAUAUAUAAGGUACAGACAAACACUAAGAUAAAAACGAAUGAUUUAAAAUAUAGGUCUCAUCUCGUAUGACCUUCGGAUGUAUAACAUAUUUCUUUAUUAGCUUUUUAAGCAACAAGUUGUUAGUAUCAAAUAAAGUUUUGUAAAGCAUUU